ACCCGGGCGCGGAUUCUACUCAAGCGCCGGGCGGCGGCGGCCUGGAGGCCGAGGAGGACGAGGACGAGGAGAACUGGUUAUACGGCGAUGAGAACCCAGGUAAGCCAGAAGAGGCAUCGCUACUUGGACAGGAUGACCCCUUACAACUUCUUCAAGACAAGUCACAAGAAUCCAAAGUCAGCAGCUUUGAAGAUCGAGAAUCAGCUGAAAUGGCUGCACAAAAUGGCGGGGGUGAAGAUGAACAUGGUGACGAAGAUGACAGCGAUAGCGACAGUGAUGAUGAUGAUGUGAAGGUCACCAUCGGCAACAUUAAAACACAGUAUAUGGGAACUCCAAUGAACCUGAAUCUGAAGACUGGCCGUCCGUAUGGAUCUUCCGUGACGGCAAAGCUGCACCACAGAGGCAUUGACCUGGACACCUCUGGGAAUAUCAAUGGGCUCCCAGUGAUUGAGGUGGAUAUGGAAUUAUUUGAGGACAAGCCUUGGAGAAAGCCUGGAGCCGAUCAAUCCGACUAUUUUAACUAUGGCUUCAAUGAAGAGACUUGGAAAUCUUAUUGUGAGAAACAGCGAAGACUUCAGCUAGGAUUGGAUCCCAUACUUCCAUCUGGUUCAGAGAGCAAAAUAUCGGUACAGCAGGGCAGGACGGGCAAUGCAGAGAAAGACACAGAAAACAUUGUGGUGAAACCAGACUUCAAGAGUGAAUUUACAUCUCCACCCGGGGUCCGGAUGAAGGCCGGUCCACCUCCGAAUAGGAAACUUGCUGGGACAAUUGAUGUAAUUGGCGGGCACACGGGCCCUAUCAGGAGGGUAGAAGGAAGGCGUCGAGACAAACAUGGAGGCGAUGAGAGUGCAAUUCAGGUUCUUGGAGACCAUGGAAAUAAAAGACCGCCAUUUGGGCCCCCGACUGGCCCCCCUCCCCCUCCAAUGCCAGGACCUCCCCCUCACUUCCUGAACCCUCCCCCUCCCACCUCGGCUGGCCCACCCCCCAUGCACCCGCCAGGAAUGCCUCCACCCGGACCUCUGCCAGGGCUGUUUCCGCCUCCCAUGCCACCUCCUCCAUCGUUAAUGCUGCCAUCGAUGGAUGGGGGCCCACCUACCAACUAUGACAACAGACCCCCACCUCCAUUCGCAUUCGCCACCCCAGACUCCGGCCUGAUCGGCUACCCUCCUAUCUCCACGUCACAUGCUCCCUGGGUCACCACCGCUGACAAGGGCGUGAACAACCCUAUGGGUCACUGGGAUUACCCCCCGGGUCCCCGGCGAGAGAGAGAACAACGCGAGAGGGAGCACGAACGAGAUCGCACGCCCACAACGAAUGACUACCCCAAUGAAGAUGAGCGCUAUCGUAUCUACAGCAGAGAGCGGAACUAUGAGCGGGAUUAUCACCGGAGCAGAGAACGCAGCAGGGAGCGGGAGGAACGUCACCGAGAGCGGAGGCACAGGGACAAGGACGAGACCAAGCACAAGUCAUCUCGACGCAAACAGCACGAGAACGAGGAGGGGGAGAGUCACCGGCGGCAUAAACACAAGAAGAAUAAGCGAAGCAAGGAGGAUAAAGAAGCAACCGAGGAAAGUGUGGCGGAGACAGAGGAAACUGAGCCUAAAGAAUGAGCUGAACAGAGCGAGUCUAAGAGGAAGAACUCUGCUUAGGAUAGACCGAGACUUCCGGUACUCUAGCCCUCUGUUAAAAGGGCCACACAGGUGUGGUUAAAGGAAGGUGCUGUGAACAGUGGUGUCAAACCUUCCACCGGUGGUAUUUCCUGGGCAGGUGAAAAAAAAACUUACUGUUGUUUCUCAAAAGCCUGAUUAUUUCUACACGCUUUAUAACACUGUUACACUUUUUUUUUGUAAAAUGUGCUUGUGAAACAAAG